CACACACACACACACACACUCCACGUGCCGACGCAGGUGCCGAAAAGCGAAACUCUCCCCCCCCUCCCUCUCUGCGCGCGCUUAUGCAAAUAAUAACGAGCUGCUGUUUAUUUGCUGCAUUUUCCAUUGAGCGCGCGCUCCGUGGACGUGAAAGUUCGAACCUCGUGCAACUCGACUUUUUUUUUUUUUUUUUUGGAAGUCACGUGAUGCCGCAGGUGACCGGGCAGGUGCUCCUGCAGCUCGCGUUGCUCCUGUGCGCUCUGCCCGCGCAGUACCUCAUAACGCAGUGGACCAGCGGAACCGCCGCCCAGCGCUCACUGGCUACUCGGGGGAUCAUUGAGACGUGGAAAAGCGUGAGGAAGUCGUAUCUAAACGUGACUGUCUGGGUCGACUGGAUCACUUCUCUGAUGCCCAAAAUUCCACUGCUGGGCGUGGAGGAGGAUUUGGAGGAGAUACAUGAAGAAAUCACUGCGCUGGAGAUUCUCAUGACCAGUAACGACCACGGCUACUUUGCAGCUUCAGAAGUGCCGCGCAGCCCCAGGCCAGAGUACGUGCUGCACCGUGUUGGAGAGGUCGUCAUGGAGACCCAGAAUCACAUGGUGGGGGUGAUAGUGGGCUGGGAUGAAGGACUCCGAGCUCCUCCGGAGUGGUUAAAAAGGAAAAAAUACAGCGACUCUGAGGUGAAGAGAUUGGAGGACACCCCACAUUACAAAAUUUUGUUCAGUGGUCCUGAUCCGUCCUCUCUGGUGAUUGGAUACCUGCCCCAGAACGCACUGCAACUAUUCGAGGGAUACGAGCCAGAAAUCCCGACUCUAGAUCAGUAUUUCUCGCACUUCAACGGGAAGAAGUUUGUAAUGUUGGACUGGCUGAGGGCGCUCUAUCCUGAAGACUGAGAGAGGAGCAGAGACAAGACGUCGGAUCUCCCCGAGACGCUGACGUGCUGUGAAGGUGUUCGGUGCGGGUGUUAAUUAGCACGUGUCACUUUGAGUGCAGCUCUCCUCACCGACACGCCUCGGAGUCUCCUGAUGGAGUGUGGAUGGGAUUUGGGUUGUGACUAUGCUUCAGCGCUUUUACAGUUAGGACUGCAUUUUCAGGGAUUAUUAACACAAAUAAACGUGAGGGAAUCAGAUGAAGGACCUGCUGCUCACAGUGGGACUUUUUUAUUUUUCUAUUAUUUAAUUGCCUCUGUUUAUUGAAUGUACACUGGGUUUAUUAUUUUUUUCAUGAAUGUAAUUCGGGUGGUUGCGCCUCAGAGUCGUCAGUGUCGUGCGAUGAAUCUGUAACAGGCUUUUAAUACAGUGUUUUCAAACAAAAGAAGUGAAACUUUAAUAAAACUCACACCUGA